AUGAAAUGCUCGCUCGAUUAUUCUCGGGAUCUAUUCGAAGAAUCGACAGUCGCAAAAAUGGCUGAACAGUUCCAGGUUCUACUCAAACAAUUGUUCUUUGCUUCACCUACGGUGUUCGAUCUUGCGCGACAACCUAUUUAUGAAUUAUCGAUUUUAUUGCCAGAAGAGUUAAAACUAAUUCAGAAUAUGAACAACACUUAUAUUGAUUUUACUACUAGUGAAGAACAAAUGAAAUGUAUUCAUCAGCAAUUCACUGAGACAGCUAACAAGAAUCCACAAAAGUUGGCUGUCAUUCUCGAUGAACAAUCAUUAACAUAUGCUGAACUUCUUGUCUAUGUACAACAUCUGUCACUUUCUCUAAUGAAUGAUCAUCAUGUUGUGCCCGGAUCAAUCAUUUGUCAGUGCGUCGAACGAUCGAUCGAAAUGGUAAUUGGUAUAUUAUCUAUUUUGACCUGUGGUGCUGUAUAUUGUCCACUAUCGCCAAAUGAUCCUGAACAGCGUCUUCAAUCACUGAUUCAGGAGACUCACUCUCGUUUAGUAAUCAUUCAUACAUUAACAAGAGACAAGUUUGUUACCUCUAAUGUAGCGCAGUUCCUCCAUGUUGACUUUAUAAUAGGCUCAAUGAGUCAGACGACAUUAGACGAGAAUGAUUUGGAUGUAUUGUCAAAUGUGCAAGUGACUGUGGAAGAUGUUUCUUAUGUGAUAUUUACAUCGGGAUCAACUGGACGUCCAAAAGCGGUAAAUGUGAAUUGCUUCUUCUUCACUUGA